AUCGUAAACAUUAAGUUGCAGAACCGAACACGUCAGCUACGCGGAUGCGGAUUGAUUAACAGCGAUUUGUUUUGAUCAUUCCAAAUCAGUAAAUCUACCGCUCGAACUACAUACAUUACAGCUAGGUAUUUUCAGGUAUUCAUUUGCUGACUCAAUUACCGCUGCAUCAAAAUGGUACUCAUUGCUGCAGCAGUCUGCACAAAGAAUGGCAAAGUCAUAUUGUCACGUCAGUUCGUAGAGAUGACGAAGGCGCGCAUCGAGGGACUGCUAGCAGCAUUCCCCAAGCUGAUGACCGCCGGCAAGCAGCACACGUAUGUGGAGACAGACUCGGUGCGCUAUGUCUAUCAGCCGAUGGAGAAGCUCUAUAUGCUGCUCAUUACCACAAAGGCCAGCAAUAUACUGGAGGACUUGGAAACGCUGCGUCUGUUCUCCAAAGUGAUUCCAGAGUACAGUCACUCGCUGGACGAGAAGGAGAUUGUGGAGAAUGCAUUCAAUUUGAUAUUUGCCUUCGACGAGAUUGUCGCCCUUGGCUAUAGGGAGAGCGUGAAUCUGGCGCAAAUCAAGACAUUCGUUGAGAUGGAUUCGCACGAGGAGAAGGUCUACCAGGCCGUGCGUCAGACACAGGAGCGCGAGGCACGCCAGAAGAUGCGUGAGAAGGCCAAGGAGCUGCAGCGUCAACGCAUGGAGGCCACCAAGCGCGGUGGCCCCUCCAUGGGCGGCAUGGGCGGACGCAGCGGUGGCUUCAGCGCCGACAGCUUCGGCAGCAGCGGCAUCAGCACUGGCGGCGGUGGCAGCGGAAGCGGUGCACCAUCCAUUGAGAUGGAGAACAAGCAUAUGUCCUCCUCUAGCAAGCCGGCAAUAAAGCCCGUUUCGCGCAAUGCGCUCAAAUUAGGCGGCAAGUCCAAGGACGUGGACAGCUUUGUUGAUCAGCUGAAGAGCGAGGGCGAGAAGAUUGCCAACCUGGCGCCAGCUGUGCCUGCGGGCAGUGCUGGUGCAGCGGCCAGCGCCAGUGCAGCGGCAAAGGCUAAAAUCUCAGCGGACAUUCAUACAGAAAGUGUCCAUCUCAAAAUGGAGGAUAAGCUGGUGGUGCGUCUUGGUCGUGAUGGCGGCGUACAACAGUUCGAGCUUAGCGGCUUGCUAACGCUGCGCAUUACCGACGAGAAUCUGGGACGGAUCAAGGUGAAGCUGGCCAACAAUGAUACACAGGGCAUACAGUUGCAGACGCAUCCGAAUGUUGACAAGGAGCUAUUCAAGACACGCGCCAUGAUCGGACUCAAGAAUCCAGCCAAGCCGUUCCCCCUCAACACCGAUGUGGGCGUACUCAAGUGGCGCUUCAUUACACAGGACGAAUCGGCCAUUCCUUUGACCAUUAACUGUUGGCCUUCGGACAACGGAGAAGGCGGCUGCGAUGUGAACAUUGAAUAUGAAUUGGAGACACAGCAUCUGGAGUUGCAGGAUGUCGUCAUCAUUAUACCAUUGCCCUUGAACGUCCAGCCUUCUGUGGCCGAAUACGAUGGUACCUACAACUAUGAUGCUCGCAAGCAUGUGCUGCAGUGGCACAUUCCCAUCAUCGAUGCUGAGAAUAAGUCGGGAUCGAUGGAAUUCAGCUGCAGUGCCUCCAUACCGAGCGACUUCUUCCCCUUGCAAGUGUCGUUUGUCUCAAAGACGCCGUAUGCGGCAAUAAGCGCGCUGGAUGUCGUACAGGUUGACACUGAUUCCUCUGUCAAGUAUUCAAGUGAAACGAUUCUAUUCGUGGAGAAGUACGAGAUCGUUUAAACUAUAUACACAUCCACACACACACACACAUAUAUAUAUAACACUGAAGAAAGAAACACACACACACACGACAUGAAAAGAGAAAUACACUAUCAGCAGUAGUAGUAUAUAUACAUACCUAGUAUCAAUACAUACCCUUAUAUUUUUGAGCGAUUUUUCGCAUUAUGUACGAUUAUAAAUGUUAAAGAUAUAUUUUGGCCUAAAACACGCAUCCAGCCGCAACAUGGCUAGCAGUAAUUCCAAAUGGGCGUGCUCCACAACCAUCAUCAUAGAGUAUAAUACAUAAGGUAAAAUACA